GAGGGUCCGGUCACUGCUCACCGCACAUCGCAUGCUGCACCCACGCUCGUCAGUUAUGAGAUUGUACAUCCCACGGAAUGGCAGUAGACAGGAACCUCACGCCGCUCUCCUUGGCAAACGAGAACUGGCGCAAACCUGUGGUACUAAGUACUGCGGAUCGCAAGGCGGCAUGGGAGAGUAAGGUGCUACACGGGCGGUACUACAAGGCCCUCACGGGACCCGAUGUGGACCUGCUCGCGUCGGUGAACUGGUUACGAUUCGGGGACCUCUUCGGAGAAACCGAGGGUUUUGCCUGUGCAAUUGCGGACGAAGUGAUGAUGACGAACAACUAUCGGAAAUAUAUCCUGAAGGACGGUACGGUCGACAUUUGUCGGGCAUGCCGCCGUCCCGGAGAGUCACUCAGGCAUAUCAUUUCCGGUUGUUCUCAUCUUGCUAACGGCGAGUACUUGCACAGACAUAAUCUCGUAGCCAGGAUUAUUCACCAGCAACUUGCUCUUCUAUAUGGCCUUGUGGACCGCGAAGUACCGUACUACAAGUACUUACCUGCGCCUGUUCUCGAGAAUGGUCGUGCCACGCUCUAUUGGGAUCGAUCUAUCAUCACUGACAGGACUAUUGUAGCCAAUAAGCCUGACAUAGUGAUAAUAGAUCGAUCGCAACGUCGGGCUGUGCUCGUUGACAUCACCAUCCCCCAUGAUGAGAAUCUCGUGAAGGCCGAGAAGGACAAGUCCAGUAAGUACCUAGACUUGGCUCACGAGAUAACCGCCAUGUGGGAUGUUGAUUUGACGAUCAUUGUCCCGAUAGUCGUUUCAGUGAACGGUCUAAUAGCGAAGAGUCUCGACCAACAUCUUGAGAGACUCUCGCUAGGUGGUUGGAUCAAGGGUCAGAUGCAGAAGGCGGUGAUCUUGGACACGGCGCGGAUAGUCCGCCGGUUCCUCUCUCUGCGGCCCUGACCACCGGUAGCUUGGGCCUUGCCCCGCUGCUGGCGGCACCCUAGGUUAGGUUUUUUAUAAUGUGUUUAUAUGUAUUUUUUAUCGUUUUGUAAGUGUUUUUAUAUUUUACUUUUAUAUUCAUAUUAUAAAUAACCUAACUUGAGAUGAAAAAUAAAUAAAGAGAA